ACCCAGGAGGCGGAGGUUGCAUUGAGCCGAGAUCGCGCCAUUGCACUCCAGCCUGGGUGACAGAGCGAGACUCUGUCUCAAAACAAAAAAAAAGAAUCUGUGCCUCACCCCUAGCAAUUCAAUUCUGUUUGGGCUAAGCCUGGGUUGGGACUCAGACAUCAAUACAGCUCUGCAUAGAAGGUUUUACAGCAUAGUCAGCAAUAAGAACCUCUGUUUCAGGAUAAAAUGAUUUCUACAAACAUUCUUUCAUUCUCUACAUAAUUAAAUGUCACACCUCUACAGUCAUAUGAAAGUUCCAUUAAAAAGUUAGUCGCUAUAUAAAGUCUUUUAUCAUAUGGCACUUGAAAUAUUUUGCUUUUGCCUUUGUAUUUAUAGCCGUGAGUAAGUAGCUCAAAAAAGAUGUACAUAUUCUUCUGCCAACUUUCCUGUCUCCUUGUCUGAAUGAAAAUUCAUCAUAAAGUCUCAGUGACUGGCAUAAGGUCCCAGCUGGUGAUAUGAAGAGGUGGCUACAACUGUAAUAACAACCUGUAAUCUCUCUUGAAGAAAAGAGGACAGAGCUCACAGUGAUCAUGCAGCUGGAAAGUGCAGGAGAAAAUCCUAAAAGAAUGUUGGAGUGGCAGAACCCCAAACACUGUUUAUAAACUCUGCUUGAAUUUCUUGCAAACCCCUCAACUGUACAUGUGUGGAGCAGCCUCCAAACAGCACACUUAAGGCUAAAGGAGCAGAGAUUUCAGCUGCUGUCCACCAUAGGGGAGGCAGAACUUGGAGUUUAAAUCCAGCUAAGAACCACAAUGGAUACUGCCAGCCAUAGCCUUGUUCUUCUCCAGCAGCUGAACAUGCAGCGAGAAUUUGGUUUUCUGUGUGAUUGCACAGUUGCAAUUGGAGAUGUUUACUUCAAAGCCCACAGAGCGGUGCUUGCUGCUUUUUCUAACUAUUUCAAGAUGAUAUUUAUUCACCAAACAAGUGAAUGCAUAAAAAUACAACCAACUGACAUCCAACCUGACAUAUUCAGCUAUUUGUUGCACAUUAUGUACACGGGGAAAGGGCCAAAACAGAUUGUGGAUCAUAGUCGUUUGGAGGAAGGGAUUCGAUUUCUUCACGCCGACUACCUUUCUCACAUUGCAACUGAAAUGAAUCAAGUGUUCUCACCAGAGACUGUGCAGUCCUCAAAUUUAUAUGGCAUUCAGAUCUCAACAACCCAAAAAACAGUUGUCAAACAAGGACUGGAGGUCAAAGAAGCUCCUUCUAGUAACAGUGGAAACAGAGCUGCUCUCCAGGGUGACCACCCCCAGUUGCAGCUGUCUCUUGCUAUUGGUCUGGAUGAUGGCACUGCAGACCAGCAGAGGGCCUGUCCUGCCACCCAGGCCCUGGAGGAGCACCAGAAGCCCCCAGUUUCCAUCAAGCAGGAGAGAUGUGACCCAGAAUCUGUGAUCUCCCAGAGCCACCCCUCACCCUCAUCAGAGGUGACAGGCCCCACUUUUACUGAAAACAGUAUCAAAAUACACUUAUGCCAUUACUGUGGGGAACGUUUUGAUUCCCGUAGUAACCUAAGGCAACAUCUUCAUACACAUGUGUCUGGAUCCCUGCCAUUCGGUGUCCCUGCUUCCAUUCUGGAAAGUAAUGACCUUGGUGAAGUACAUCCCCUCAAUGAAAACAGCGAGGCCCUUGAAUGCCGCAGGCUCAGCUCCUUCAUUGUUAAGGAGAAUGAACAGCAGCCAGACCACACCAACCGGGGUACCACAGAGCCUUUGCAGAUCAGUCAAGUAUCUUUGAUCUCCAAAGACACAGAGCCAGUAGAAUUAAACUGUAAUUUUUCUUUUUCAAGGAAAAGAAAAAUGAGCUGUACCAUCUGUGGUCAUAAAUUCGCUCGAAAGAGCCAAUUGUUGGAACACAUGUAUACACACAAAGGUAAAUCUUACAGAUAUAACCGAUGCCAAAGGUUUGGUAAUGCAUUGGCCCAGAGAUUUCAGCCAUACUGUGACAGCUGGUCUGAUGUCUCCCUGAAAAGUUCUCGCUUGUCACAAGAACACUUAGACUUGCCUUGUGCCUUAGAGUCAGAGCUUACACAAGAAAAUGUGGAUACUAUCCUAGUUGAGUAGCAGCUUCUCUUUCAGAAUUUUUAUACCAAUUCUGAAAAAGAAAGUUCGCAUGGCAUUUUUUAUUCAUAAAUUAUUUCCUCCUCAAGUUUCAUUGACUUUUUUUCUUCACAGCUUAUCCAUGGUUUUAAGGUUGUAUAUAUUAGAUCUUCUCAUAAGACAUAUUAAUAUGUGGCUAUUAAAAUGUAACAUUCAGUUACUACUGUGAACUUUUCACAAAUGAAAUUACAAUUUAGAAAUCAGAAAUCAAUGUAGAAAUAUGGAAACUUUAAAUAUUUAUAGAAUUUCUAAGUUUUUCCAAUUACAGAAUCAGUAAAAUCAAAUUGAAUAUAAAGUAAAUGAAAUCUGUUUUAAAGCAUAUUCUAAACUAUCACUUCUGCCUACAUUUCACAUGAAUUCACUCCUACCAGGAUUAUUUUUAAAUAUUUUCUUCCAUAUAGGAAAUUAAUAGUUAUUUUAAUGCAUAACUAUAUGUUAUACAUGUUAUAAUGUAUAAAAAUUUAUUUUAAGAUAUACCAAAUCAUAAGUAGUUUUAUUUUUUAACUACUAGCUCCACAACAUCUUACCUACAUGGCUUCUCCUUACUUUUUAACAUUGAGUAUACCUCUUUUAUUUUAUUUUAUUUUUUUUGUGGAGACAGAGUCUUGCUGUGUUGCCCGGGCUGGAGCGCAGUGGCGUGAUCUUGGCUCACUGCAAGCUCCGCCUCCCGGGUUCACUCCAUUCUCCUGCCUCAGCCUCCUGAGUAGCUGGGACUACAGGCGCCCGCCACCACGCCCGGCUAAUUUUUUUGUAUUUUUUUAGUAGAGACGGGGUUUCACCGUGUUAGCCAGGUUGGUCUCGAUCUCCUGACCUCAUGAUCUGCCCGCCUCGGCCUCCCAAAGUGCUGGGAUUACAGGUGUAGUAUAUCUCAUUUUUAAUAAAAAAACAGUUAAAGGGAGAAGAGUCAGAGAGACAUUAAAAAUAUUUAAGAAACAGUAAGAUAUACACACAUAGAUAAAUAAGCAUGCAGAGACAGAGACUGAGCUAGAACUGCAUUGACUAAAAACCCCAGGGUUGUUACCUUGGUCUAGAGUGUUUUCUUAGACACCUUAAAAAGCAAUUUGAGAUUUUUAUGACCAGAGGUUUACAUGAGUUGAAAGAGAAAGAUGAUAAAAUAUAAAUCAUGUUUCUACCCUCAGUAUCAGGAUUUUUGGGGCUUCCUGGGUUGAUACUAAUUUUCUAAAAAUCACUUGAAAAAGUAAUUUUUCAGUGGCACAGUUUUCACUUUUUUCCUGAUCCAUAAAACCAGCAAAGUGGAUACAUUCAGUGUUCUAUAACUACAUUUAAAAUCCAUGAUGUUAGCUUUCCCUCUAUAAAUCAACUUAACUCUGUUUUAUAAUGGUGACACUUACAAAGCUAAAACCCCAGGAAAAUUAAAGUUGAUGGAAUAAAUAAUAGAUUCCCUGGCUCUAUAUACCUGGGAAAUAGCUGGUUAAGCUUCACCACAAAGGAUAGAUCUAAAUUGUUUCUGAAAUGUUUAAAUUUCAAACCCCGCAUAGUCAAGGAUAAUAGAACAGACUCAUCUUUUUUUGCCCUCUUGUUAAAUUCUAAGCUUCAUAGGCAUUUGAAUACAUCUAAAAAUUUUGGUUUGUGAGCCUUAGAAUGUAACCACUUACAAAACUCUUGAGCUUCCUCCACUUCCGAGGACAUUUCCUGACACAUUCAACAGCAUCAGCAUUCAAUCAGGAGGGAGCUCAAAGAGUAAUCCAGCUAAUUCUAAGGACACAAAGGUUUUCUCUAAGUAAACAGUUUAGGUAAAUUACAAAGUGGUAAGUUUUUCUUGAGGAUUGAAUAAAGAAAGCUACUGGAUAUUGUGUAAGGCAGUUGAGUUUCUACCUUAAAUAAGUGAGUAAAGGCUCCUAUGGUUAAGACUGAUGUGUGUUGAGAGCAAAUCUAACUUGAUAAGAUCAAUUGUAUUGGGAGUAAUUAAAACAAAUGUAUGUUCUUCGGGGUCAGAACUUCAUCUAAUUUUAAACUUUUUGCUACCAAUUCACUUAAGCAACUAUUCAAAUUUGUACUGCCCUCAAAGAUGUCAUCUCAUUAGAAGAACACAAGUAUUAACGUUGAUUUUUUGUAUUUUAGGCUAGUUAAGAUAUAUUUCCUAGCCUUCUUCAAUUCAAAUACUAUUGUUCUUAUUAAGAUAAUUUUUCUCCUCUACAUUCUUCCCUGUUUGCCCACUCAUUAUUAUUAUUUUUUUAAUUUAAUUUUUUUUUUAAGACGGAGUUUCACCCUUGUUGCCCAGGCUGGAGUGCAAUGGCGUGAUCUCGGCUCACUGCAACCUCUGCCGCCUGGGUUCAAGCGAUUCUCCUGCCUUAGCCUCCCAUGUAGCUGGGAUUACAGGCAUGCACCACCACACCUAGCUAAUUUUGUAUUUUUAGCAGAGAUGGGGUUUCACCAUCUUGGUCAGGCUGGUCUGGAACUCCUGACCUCAGGUGAUCCACCAGCCUCGGCCUCCCAAAGUGCUGGGAUUACAGGUGUGAGCCACCGUGCCAGGCCCACUCAUUAUUCUUUGACACAGGAAAUCCUUGUAGAGGUAGAGUUGUACAUGUUUGAUGGGAUAAGACAGCAAGUGCCUCAGGGCAGAGUUUGGAUAAAUGGUAAGAGUUUGCUAGCGGCUGAUUGGCCAUGAUAGACAACACUGAUUUAAAGCAGAAGUAUAUCUGUUUGUUGAGAGUUAAGAAAAUAGUGGUUAACUGUAUUUCUAUUCUUAUAGUUCCUUUUAAUAUUAGAAAUUCAAAGCAAAUGCUCUUUCCUUGUUCCUUAUAACAUUCAUUGUGUUUAGGAAGUGGGAAAAUAUCAACUUCAUUUUAUAGAAAAAAAAUCCCAAAAGCUGAAUACCAGAGAUGCAGUGCAUAGUGGUGUGGGACUGACCCCCAGUUUUUGUUAUUGUUGUUUUCAUUUAUUCUGCAGGCUUUUUUUUUUUUUGAGACAGUCUUGCUAUGUCACCAGGCUGGAGUGCAGUGGUGAAGUCUCAGCUCACUGCAACCUCCGCCUCCUAAAUUCAAGUGAUUCUCCUGCCUCAGCCUCCUGAGCAUGUGCCACCAUGCCCGCUAAUUUUUGUAUUUUUAGUAGAGGCAGGGUUUCACCAUGUUGGCCAGGAUGGUCUCGAGCUCCUGACCUCGUGAUCUGCCCGCCUCAGAUAACAGGCAUGAGCCACUGUGCCCAGGUCUGCAGGCAUUUUUUAAAGUAACUGUCAUAUGCCUAACACUGUGUCCUGAGUAUUAUUUUUUAAAGACAUGAUUGCUCACUGAGAAAAUUUGCUUUGUAUUUAAAAAGUUCUUCCAGCUAGGACAGGCGUGGUGGCUCACGCCUGUAAUCCCAGCACUUUGGGAGGCCGAGGCAGGCGGGUCACGAGGUCAGAAGAUCGAGACCAUCCUGGCUAACACAGUGAAACCCCGUCUCUACUAAAAAUACAAAAAAUUAGUGGGUGUGGUGGCGGGCACCUGUAAUCCCAGCUACUCGAAAGGCUGAGGCAGGGGAAUAGCUUGAACCCGGGAGGCGGAGGUUGCAGUGAGCGGAGAUUGCACCACUGCACUCCAGCCUGGGUGACAGAGCGAGACUCCAUCUCAAAAAAAAAAAAAAAGUUCUUCCAGCUAAAACCUUUAUUUUUGACUACAUCUCCACAAAAUGGAGCUAUACUGUUAGCCAGUAUCCUAAUAAUAUAGUGCAGUUUGCAUAAUGAUUACCAAGCUUGAAAUUUGAAAUGUCAUAUGCACUUUCGUCUGUGUAUCAGGCAGAUACUAAACAAACAUUUUCCCCUUGAGUCAGCUUAAAAUUUUUCCUUCUUUCGAAAUCUCACACAGUUGUUUUCUGGAGAAAAAUAAAGACUGUUUUAGUAUUUGUUCUUAUUAGUGUAUCAUCAGAACUCAGCACAGUCUGCCUUAUAAGAAAACAAAAAUUUUUUUUAUUUAUAACUCUUGAAAUUGUUACUUCUUGCUCUUUCUGAUUUCCCAUCCGUAAAGUGGGUGUAAGCAAUACCUACCUCACAGGGGUGUUGUGAGGAUUUAUAUUAAACGUGUUAAGUUCUCUCAGUAUUAUUGAUUAAAAUCAACCAUAUAAACGACAUUUAUUCUGUAGCUAGACCUAUUAACUUUAGUAUUUCAGCUUAUAAAUUCUAGAAUGUUCUUAAAAGCAGUAAUGUACCAUCUAAUAUUCAAUAACUAAUUGACAGAACUCGUUAUUUUUUACAAAUAACUCUAGAAACAAUACUGUUGCUAGAAUUCCUGUUCUAUUGUAAUUUAAUCAUCACUGUUUCUUUUUAGCCUUCAGUAAGGAGGAUACUAGUUCUUUGGCAUUAUUGGGAAUAAAACUUUGUCAAUUUCAGCUUUAUUGAAAGUUCUCCCAAAUAUAUUGUUUACACAAAGGAAAAGGAACAAAAACAAUACAGAAAUACCUUUUUUUUUUUUUUUUUUUUUUUUUUUUUUGAGGCAGAGUCUCGCUCUGUUGCCUAGACUGGAGUGCAGUGGUGUGAUCUCAGCUCACUGCAACCUCCGCCUCCCAGGUUCAAGUGAUUCUUCUUCCUCAGCCUCCCGAGUAGCUGGAACUAUAGGCAUGCACCACCACACCCAGCUAAUUUUUGUAUUUUUAAUAGAGAUGGGGUUUCACCACGUUGGCCAGGCUGGUUUCGAACUCCUAACCUUGUGAUCUGCCUACCUCAGCCUCCCAAAGUGCUGGGAUUACAGGUAUGGGCCACUGGGCCUAGCCCAUUUUUAUUUCUUUGAUGUAGGUGAUCCAAAUAGUAGAUGAGGACGGACAGGAAAUGGGGUGAAGGUAAUAACAGUAUUAUUAGAAAAGUCUUCACUGAAAACUGAAGGAAAUACAUAUUAAUCUUGGAAAAAGAUAGUGUGAAAAAUGUGUAAUUUCAUUAACAUUUAUUUGUACAGGCACAUUCUUGAUGUUGUGAGUCAGAUACUUGAUAAGUGUCCAUUUUUUGUAGCAAUUGAUGUAAAAAUGGGCCAUGCGAAGAAUUUUCAUAAUGUAAUUUGUGUCUUUAUAUGUUUUGAACUACAUAUAGAUCUGUGGCACUUAAAUUAUUAAUUUUAAUUUCUUAAGAGUGAAGUCUGUAAAUGAUUUCUGUCUGCUGUACUUCUGUGUUUGUAUGGUUGGACAUUUUGAAAACUGGUGAGAUUACACAAUCCCAAACCUGGAUGUCUUAAAUACAAGGAAUUACAAACUGU